GCCACUUCGCACCUCCACACCAAAGCUCACGCUCCGGGUGGUCUCCGCGCGAUACACGACUUCGACGCUCGACCACACUACUCCUCGUUCUCGUCCACUAUGUCGGUGAUUCAGACCCCGCACAUGGUGUCCAUCGGCAUGUACUCGUUCUGGCCGACGGCGCUUGAAAACACGGGCGCGUCGUCCGAGGUGGAGCACGUGUCGGUGCCAGAAACGCUGUACCAGCGCCUCGUGGACAAGGACUAUCGCCACCACCGCGCGUUUGGAUUCAUUCGGGAGAGCUACCGUGCUUGGCGUGUGACCGCUCUGCAAGUGAAGAGGUCAAAAACCCCACCAUCGUCGCCACAGGUCAAGAUGGAAGUCGACGACGUUGCCAUGCCGUACGACGGUGACGUCGAGGUCGUGGCGUUUCAGCCACCUCCGGUGCAGCAACCACUCGCCGUGGUUGUGCCGCCAGUGAAAAAUGAACUUCAUGUCGACACUAUGGCCUCUUCCGAGCCACUGGACCACCUGUCCAUGGUCGCCGAGCUGGCGUCGGCUGUCUCGUUGGAGCAAUCCGUUCCGCAUCAUCGUCAUGGGAACAACGAAAAUGCCACCGUCGAUGGCGCUUUCGGAGGCGACAAGAAGCGCAAGUUCCGCAAGUGUGGGACGUCCAAUGCCACGCGCGUCCUUCGCGACUGGCUGUUUGACCCGCACAACCAAGAGCAUCCUUAUCCGUCGGAGCAAGAGAAGCGGCGGUUGUCGCAAGACUCUGGCCUCACCAUCAAGCAGAUCGGGAUUUGGUUUCGCAAUGCUCGGCAACGGCUUUGCGCACCGACGCCGACGAAAGCCACGAUCAACCAGGAACAAGCGACAGCGUUCAUGGCGACUGUGGGGCUCAGGAUAGAUGAAUCUACGCCUCUUCGUCGGGGGGCAUGGUCGCCGGCCGAGAACGCGUACGCACAGAAACUGAUCGACCAGUUCACGCAGGGCCGAAUGCCGUUGGUCGAAGGCACGCCGCUGCGGUCGUUCCUGGCCGUUGUCUUGCACUGCCAUGCCAUGCGCAUCUCCAAGAAAUUUGUGCGCGAUUGCUCCGUGGGGAAGAUCACAUUUCGACGGGAUCGCAUGUUUCACGCGUCCGGACCGGAGCAUGAAGCGUCGAUGCGGGACUUGUUGGCACUCAAGGCGCAGGUCCUCGACAACGCGGCCGCGUCCAUGUCCAAGAAAACCAUGGAGACAGAGGCGGAGGCGAUGAAAGUUCAGGAAUGGUUCCGUACGACGUCGGCGCCCGAGAAAGCGGCACCCAUCGACAUGGCGUCCAUCAUGCCAAAGACAGAAACCAGCAUGCUGGCCGGCCUCGGAUAUUCCACCCACACCACCAACACCCUAGAUAGACACAUGCACGACCAGCUCCUCGAAGACCUCGACUUUGACUUCGACGGCGACCUGGGCUGGGGCGAGCUCGACAAGGCGGUGUCGCAGAUAUUUUUCCCCUGACAACGAAAACGAACGUGUGAAAGCUGACGUGGACGAGUGCAGGUUUUGCUAGCUGCUGCAUGGUGUACGUCGAUUGUAAAGUAAAAACAUUGAAAUGAGUUGGCA